AUGAAUGUAUGUAUCAUAACACUGCUACGAUUAGUGCUGGUACACGACGCAGCGAAUGACGGUGAAGUCACAAAGGCGGGUACCUACGCUAUAAUCUUCUCGACUAUCGAGGUUAACGUCGCCAUCAUCUGCGGAUCGCUGCUCGUCAUGGAGCCUCUGUUUGCACGUUUCCUUCCAGAUCUCAUCUCCGACCAACCCAUGUCCGCGGCGGAGGACGGACGGACAUGCAGAGCCUUGACCGGCUUGGAUCUCCUCAGUGGAGGCACGGAAGGUGACGCGGAGAAGGCGCAAAGUGGCGGGAGGCGGGACACCUUGAUUGACACGGAUACGUUCGCUACGACCAAAGAGAUGAAGAGGCUCAUGAAGGGGCUGGGGGACAGCAAGCGAAACACUAUGUAG